AUGCCUAUCCCUAUCAGCAAAUCAUCUGAUGAAAAAAAACAACAUUACAUAGUGGUCAUUAAAAGCCUUCAAAAUAAUGAUACUGAACCAACAGUUGCUACUACUAAGACUACCGAUUCUAUAUACCAAGAUCAUAUUUCUUGGGUUUCAGACUUCCAUUCCCAGGAAGCCGUCGUGACAUCUCUUGACGAGAAUGGUCCCUCGCCUAGUGCUAAUAACAGUCGCAAUGAUUUUAUUAUUCACGAAUACUCCAUUGGCGAUAAUUUUCGAGCUUAUUCUGCUAUAUUUGAGCCACAAUUUGUGGAAAAUAUUCUAAAACAACGAGAAGAAAUUGAUUAUGUUGCACGAGAUUCCGAGGUUUGGGUUACACGUGAUUUUGUUGGUCUUAGCGAAGAUGAUAUAAUCGAGGAGUAUUUAGCAUUAGGGGAUGAUAAUAAGGAAAUAAAAAUCAAAAACCCAUUAUUUGGGAUGAGAGUUCAGACAAAUCCUACAUGGAAUCUCGAUCGUCUCGACCAACGUUUUCUGCCUCUUGAUGGUUUAUAUAUCUCACCUGCUACUGGAGGUCGAAGAGUGAAUGUUUAUGUAAUCGAUACUGGAAUAGAUAUAAACCACACAGAUUUUCAAGGUCGAGCUUCUUGGGGCAUAUCUAUUAUUAAAGGAACACCAAACAUUGACGAAUAUGGCCACGGAACUCAUGUUGCAGGAAUUAUCGCAGGGAAAAAAUAUGGGGUGGCAAAAGCCACGAGCGUUAUCGCAAUCAAAGCUUUAGGGAAAACAGGGACCGGAUCAUGGAGUGAUGUGAUUGCUGGAAUGAGCUGGGUAGCUCAACAGCAUAAAUACAGUAAAAGGAAGCAUUCAAUUGUCAACCUCUCUUUGACUGGUAAACAUUUUCCACCAGCCAACGCAGCAGUCAAGGCAUUAACCGAUAUUGGCGUUCACGUAACUGUUGCAGCUGGGAAUUACUAUGGCGCAAAUUCUUGUUUUUUCUCACCCUCCUCAACCCCUGAGGCGAUUACCACAGGAUCUUCAAGCAUUGAUGAUACAAUAUCUAGAUUUUCAAACGUUGGUGCAUGUGUUGACAUCUUCGCUCCCGGUCAAAAUGUUACUUCUGUCUGGCUUAAUAACGGAACUAGAAGUCUGUCCGGAACCAGUAUGGCCUCUCCUCAUGUUGCUGGGGUUAUUGCUCUAACUAUUGCUCAAUGUGGUAACUUGCCACCGGCCAGAAUGAAGACAAAGAUUAAAGACACGGCAACUAGAGGAGUUUUGAAAGAUGGAAAAUUUUCUUUGUCUAAUUUGUUAUUAUUAUUAGAUCGUCAAUGCUAA